UGCACUGUGUCCCUCGGACACAGCGGAUCACAGAUCAACGGAAAGAGCCGAAGAUGUCGGCUUGGUCAUGUGAUCAGCUGUGUCCAAUCAAAGCUGACCACAUGGGACAUGUACACUGAUCAUCAGAGCACUGAUGAUCAGUGUGCCCUGAUGAUCUGUGUAGCCCCAGAAUUGCCACCUAAUCAGUGUCCAUCAGUGCCAGCUGUCAGUGCUCAUCCAUGCCACCUGCUAGUGCCCAUCAGUGCCACAUUUCAGUGCACAUCAAUACCACAUAUCACUGCCCAUCUGAGCUGCCUUUCAGUGUCACCCAUAAGUGCCAGUCAGUGCCGCCUAUCAGUGUGCAUCAGUGCCCGUCAGUGCUGUCUAUCAGUGCCGCCUAUCAGUGCCAGCCAG